CGGAAGCGUGACUGUCCAUGACCUUCCUGAUGUGAAGCACGUCCCGGUUUCUUGAGCCGCUCCUGUCUUCUGAGAUGCUGCAGGAUAGGAGAUGGCAAAGAAUUCAAGAUAAACGGCUUCUCUGAUUUUUGCUUUUUGCCAAAGCCACUUUCCUGGGAACAAUGGUGAAGUAUUUUAACUGUGCAGGCUUUCUUAAAGGCACAUGGGACCAAGUUUCUCAAGCAUUCUGGGAAAGAUACCCAAAUCCUUACAGUAAUCAUGUGCUGACGGAAGACAUCAUCUUUCGGGAGGUGACUCCUGAUAAUCGCCUCCUUUCCCGACGACUCUUGACCAAAACCAGCCGAGCACCACGCUGGGCAGAAACGUUUUUGCCCAGCCACAUGGCACGCAAGGCGUAUAUCAUUGAGGACUCUGUCGUGGAUCCCCAGAAAAGGACCAUGGUCACUUUCACCUGGAACAUCAGCCAUGCACGUUUCAUGUCUGUGGAGGAGCGCUGUGUUUACACAGUCAGCCUUGAUAACAGCAACCUUACAGAGGUCAAAAGAGAGGCGUGGAUCUCCUCCAACCUCUACGGCUUUUCCAGAGCUGUUCAGGAAUUUGGCCUUGCCCGAUUUAAGAGCAGUGUGGUCAAGACCAUGAAGGGAUUUGAAUACGUCUUGGCCAAAAUGCAAGGUGAAACUCCCACAAGGACGCUGGCAGAGACGGCAACGGAGAAGGCUCGAGAGACGGCACUCGCUGCUAAAGAGAAGGCUAAAGGCCUGGCCUCUCAAGCACAGAAAAAACAAUAUGUAUGAUGUAGAGACUUUGAUGGGGGCACCAUGUUUCUAAGCCUGUGCCUGAUUUCAUUUCUUGUGCCCAUUCUGUCACUUUAAUAUUAGACCACUGAAGUAAAUUUGAUUCGGUUGUGGAAACAUCAUCCUUUCAUGGCCCACGUAGUCAGUAUUUACAUAAGAAAUGGCUGUGUUCAGACAGGCAGCAGAAAUCCCUUUUUUUUUUGGAUAUCCUAUAUGAACAGGAAACAUGAAACCUGACCCAACCCAACAGUCUGAAACGAGUUCCUGGAUGUAAAUACUGUUUUUUAACUAACUAGUCUGGACAGACGAAAUGUAUUAGAUGAGGCUUGCUUAUGGAAUAUGGACACUCGGUGCUGCUGUCUGAACAUAGCUGAUGUGUUUCUGCAACUAUUCAUACAGUUGGUCCCAAAAAUAUUUGGACAGUGACACAAGUUGUUAUUUUAGCUGUUUACGAAAACAUAUUCAGGAUACAGUUAUAUAAUCAAUAUGGGCUUAAAGUGCAGAGUCUCAGCUGCAAUUUGAAAGUAUUCACAUCCAAUUUGGAGCAAGGGUUUAGGAAUUACAGCUCUUUAAUACGUAGCCGCCUCUUUUUCAAGGGACCAAAAGUAAUUGGACAAUUGACUCAGAAGGCUGCAAAAAAAAAAAGGCUGCAUGGGCUCUUCCCUCGUUAACCUGUCAUCAAUUAAGCAGUUAAAAGGUCUGGAGUUGAUUCCAGCUGUGGGAUUUGCAUUUGGAAGCUGUUGCUAUGAACACAUAUGUGGUCAAAGGAGCUCUCAGUGGAGGUGAAACAGACCAUCCUGAGGCUGAAAAAAAAGAAGAAAUCCAUCAGAGAGAGAGCAGAAAUGUUAGGAGUGGCCAAAUCAAGAGUUUGGUACAUUCUGAGGAAAAAAAGAGUGCACUGGUGAGCUUGGGAACUCAAAAAGGCUUGGACGUCCACGGAAGACAACAGUGGUGGAUGAUCGCAGAAUCCUUUCCAUGGUGAAGAAAAACCCCUUCACAACAUCCACUCAAGUGAAGAACACUCUCCAGGAAGUAGGUGUAUCAGUAUCUAUGAGUAAGUCUACCAUAAAGAGAAGACUUCUUCAUGAGAGUAAAUACAAAGGAUUCACCACAAGGUGCAAACCAUUAAUCAGCCUCAAAAAUAGAAAGGCCAGAAUUGACUUUGCCAAAAAAACACCUGAAGAAGCCAGCCCAGUUCUGGAACAGCAUUCUUUGGACAGAUGAGACUAAGACCCCGUCCACACGUAGCCGGGUAUCUGCUAAAUCGAAGAUAUUUUUCUACGUUUUGGCCUGUCAUCCACAUGAAAACACAUCAAAAACGAAUAUUUAAAAAAACUCCGGGCAAAGUGAAGAUUUUUGAAAACUCCGUGUAUGCCUUUUCAUGUAGACAGAGAUAACCGGAGUUUUGCGUUUUAGAACGUCACAAUCUGCGCCAAAAAAAUGACAACAAAUCUGCCCUGACGUCAAACGUGCGACCUUUGUUUACUGCAGAAGCCAGAUUAAGCAUGGACAAAGAGUAAUGGAUCGGAGUAGUGCCUUGAAAGCGUUAAUUAUUGUGCAGGUGCUAUUCUGAUGUGAUUAGGGGGUAGGAUUUGGGGAAAUAAUGCCAUCUACAGGUUUGGAAUGCUUAUGAAUGUGAUUGAAAACGCAGAUGUUCGGUUAUGUGUGGAAGGGAGACGAGGUGGUAUGGAUAAAACAUUUUUAUAAACGGGGGGGGGGAAUGUUCAGUUUUAAAAAUACCCGGCUACGUGUGUAUAUGGCCUAAGAUCAACCUGUACCAGAAUGAUGGGAAGAAGAAAGUUUGGAGAAUUGGAACAGCUCAUGAUCCAAAGCACACCACAUCUUCUGUAAAACAUGGUGGAGGCAGUGUGAUGGCAUGGGCAUGCAUGGCUUCCAAUGGCACUGGGUCACUUGUGUUUAUUGAUGUGACAAAAGACAGAAGCACUUUCCGCUCAGAUUCAGCCAAAUGCAACAAAGUUGAUUGGAUGGCGCUUCACAGUACAGAUGGACAAUGAUCCAAAACGUACUACAAAAGCAACCCAGGAGUUUUUUAAAGCAAUGAAGUGGAAUAUUCUGCAAUGGCCGAGUCAAUCACCAGAUCUCAACCCAAUCGAGCGUGCAUUUCACUUGCUUAAGGCAGAAAGACCCACAAACAAGCAACAACUGAAGACAGCUGCAGUAAAGGCCUGGCAAAGCAUCACGAAGGAGGAAACCCAGCGUUUGGUGAUGUCCAUGGGUUCCAGACUUCAGGGAGUCAUUGCCUGCAAAGGAUUCUCAACACAAUAUUGAAAAGUAACAUUUUACUUAGGGUUAUGUUUAUUUGUCCAAUUACUUUUGAGCACCUGAAAUGAGGAGCGUUUGUAUAAAAAUAGCUACGGUUCCUACAUGUUUAAUCAUAUGUUUUUGUUCAACCCCUUGAAUUAAACCGUAAAGUCUGCACUUCAAAUCUGUUGUAGUUCAAAUCCAAUGUGGUGGCAUGCAGAGCCCAAAUCAUGAAGAUUGUAUCACUGUCCAAAUAUUUCUGGGCUAACUGUAUGUUCCCUUCAAUAUUUUACAGGGUCUUAACAUUUUUUGUUAAAUCCAUUCUUUUAUUGUGACUUUUUUUUUCCACCCCAUUUGUUAAUUAUGAAGAGUAUGAUCUUGGAAUCAGCUGUGCCCUUGGUGGUGUUUUAACAAACAAAACCUCUUUCUGUUCUGCUGUAUGUGAUUUCAUUGCUUCAAAUUGAAGUGAUAUGAACACUGAUGGGGUCCAUAUGACAAAGCAGUCAUUGCCUGUGUGUGCUGCACAACUUUAAAAAGACGGGAGAAGGAGGUUUGCAGCAGAUGGCAACGUCUGUGUACAUGCUUGAAUCUUAGUGUUUAAAAUUUUAUUUACUGGAAAACAAAUCUUGAAAUCUCAGUGAAACUGUUAAUGUUGAAUCUACAACGCUUUUAAUUCAGCAGCAUUUGCUUACUGUCAAGUUUUCUAUCAAAUGAUGAUUGAAUUAAAUAUCUGAUAUGUAUGAA